CGUAUCAAUUGGUGCUCUCAUUGAUUAUGAUGCGCUCGACGUAGAAAGUUUUUGCUCGGUACAGGAUUUGGUUCGUGAGCCUCUAAUUGUGCCAAGUCAAAUUCCGUUUGAGUUACAAAUGUUUAGAGCACACAUUAUGGGUACUAUAUGGAAAGUGACAGGCGCUCCACUUUCUCCACCAACGAUGCCCCCAAAAUGUGACGGCUCUGAACCCUUGCAGUGGUUAGGAAAGGUAUGUGUGUAUUUUGAGUGUUAUGAGAUCCCUUUAGUUGAUCGUUUAAACCAUGUGACAUCAAUGUUAGAGGGCUCUGCCUUGGCUUGGUUUAAUUGGCGUAUGCGUGGUGGCUUAAUUGAUGAUUGGACGGAUUUUGUUGAAAAGUUCAAGAUUCGAUUUGCUUCGCUACAUGAUUUGAAUUAUAUUUAUUUUGAGAAGACACCAAAGAAGGUUAUAGACAAAUUUGGUCACAGGGUGGAAGACACCACCACACUACCCACCCCAACUAUGGAGGAUGCACUUGGAGCAACGAAAUUCCGCACUGGACCACGUGGUGAAGAUGAGGUGAGCAGUGUAUUUGAAGCCAUGAAUGAAGAUAACGGGAAGCCCAACAAUGUGGAAGUAAUUGAUGAUGAUCGUAAGCAUGCAGAUGUUACUAAGAACUACAAGCCAGAUCCUAUUUUUCAGGAUAUCGAUACCUCGCUUGAUGUGGUCAUGUCAGAGUAUAAAGUUUCAAGAUGUGAGAACAAAGUAGCAGAUGAAGAGUUUCUCAAAGUUGACAACUCAAUUUCAUUGGAUACCCUCAAGUUGUUUGACCUUGAUGAUAUUGAAAAGUUUGAAUACUUAGCUCCCUUGCGAGUAGUUCACCACCUGUUUGGUUUUGCCUCAACUAUCCUCUGUUACGCUUCAAUUGUUGAGAUUUGUAAUGAUGGGUCACCAGGGGGAGAUCGUCUUUGGCUCAACCAUUUUCCUUUUGUCCAGAAGCACGAGUGGGAGCCUCCACCUUGAGGACAAGGUGGCUUUCUAAGGGGGUGGGAAUGAUACAGAAGAUGAAUUACAUUAUUUAGUUAGUUAUUUAUUAAUUAGUAGUAUUAUAUAGGUACUCAUGAUUAGGUUUUAGUAUGGAGCCCAAGCCCAUUAGGUUAAUUAAGGUUUCUCGUAUCU